GAUCAGAUAAAGAAAGUAAAAAUAAAUAAGAACUAUAGUAUCUUUCAACUUAAAAAAGUUGUACUAAAUUUAUUAACAACUGUAUCACCUAUCUAGCCUACUUCGACAACGUAGUUGCAGUUCACUCGAUAUACGUCGAUACAAGUGACAUAAUACAAAAUACGACGACCAAGCUCAAUUCCAGUUUAAUAGACAAAAUUUUUUUUUUUAGAAUUUCUUCACUAAAAGUUUUUGGAAGGUCAUCAACAUGACUGAUGAAUCAAAUGGCGAAUCGGGAUUUGAAUUUGUAGAAAAAAAAUCAGAAGAGAUUCUAAGCAUUGCUAUGACGGAAAUAUCUAAAUCGGGAACAGCUGUCACAUCACAUGCAACUGGAGGUUUAGUAAAUAUAGCACCACCAAGUGCACUACCAAGUUUUGUUACCAGCUCAGUGGCUACUACUAACUCUCUAAUAAAUCAAUCACAAGAAUUGUUAAAAAAUGAAAGUAUUAAAUCUCCUUUGCAACUAUCGGAAGGUAUUACAACUACACAACCAACUGCAUCUACUUUUACAGAUAAUAUAUCACAAGGUCCACAAGUAUUAAUUGCACCAGAUAGUCCUACAAUGGAUACUGGGGCUUUUGCAGGAAGUUUAUUCACAUGGGUUAAAGACACAGUUGCAAAUAGUAAUGUUUUGAGUAAAGUUGCAGAAAAAGCUAAAAGUAGUGUUAAUUCCAUGAUAACAACGUUAGAUCCUCAGAUGCGAGAAUUUAUAUAUUCUGGUGGUGAUAUUGAAAUUAUAAUUGCUUCUGAUAAGGAUGCCAAGAUUGCUCCUGUACGAGAAGCUUUUCAAAAUAUUUUUGGGAACGCAACAGUAAAUGGUACAAAAGUUGAAACAUCGAGUGAAGCAGCUCAACCUGUUGGUUUUGCUGCAGGAGUAAAAGCUGCACAAGAAAGAAUAGCUGCUGUGCGAAAAAUUCCUUCUAUUCCAACUGACAUUCCAAUCAUAGCAGUAGAAAAUUUCUUGUUAGAAGUUGGUCAAGGCAAGUGGUAUGAUUUGGGAGUAAUUAUUUUGGAAGAUAUUAAACAAAACAUCAAUUUACAAACCUUCACUCAAAUGACACCUGUCCCAAGCCAAAUAGUUGAAAUAGCACAGGAAUCAACUCCAAAAAAUUAUUCCAAAGAUGGACUUGCUGUUACUAUUGGUAGUUUAAUGGGUGCUAAUUUACAGGUGCCUCGUACUGAAUGGCACAGUGCCUUGACUGGAGUAUCAAGAAAAGAUAUUAUAUUCUUAGCUGCUCAGUCUCUUGCAGGAAUAUACAAAAAUACCAUAAAUCCAGUUUAGGAAAAUCCUUAUUUUUACACAUAUAUAAGUUAUACUUUUUUAAAAAUAUUUAUACUUCUACUAAAAAUUAACAUUUUUAUAAAUAUUCUAACCUAAAGAUCUAUUGUUAUUUUAAAAGUAAUUGGAAAUAUCAUCACAAUUUAUAUUUAUGUUACGUAAACAUUCAAAGUAGAAUUUCCAAUGAAAUAAAAAUAUGGAUAAUAUUAAUGACUAAUAUGUAAAUAAGAUUUACGUACGUUAAAAUGUAAUAAAUUAAUAAGUUAUAUAAAAAUUUUCAUUUACUUAUCUGCCUCGACUAACAGUGCAAAUAUGGUAAAACGAAAACUCUGUAUUAUGUAUUCAUUUUUAAAAAUUUGUAGGAUUUCAAUUGUAAAAGUGUUUUAUAAAUUCAAUUAGGACAUGUAAUUCAAUCGUAAAAUUGAAUGUCAAAUUGUAAAAAAUAAUAAAUAUGUUAAUAUAUCACUGAAGCAAAUUAAUUUUCAAGUAUUUGAGUAACUUAGCUAAUUUUGUUCAAUCAAUAAUAUUUUCUUAUUACAAAUAAUAGAAUUGUUUAUUUUAUUCAGUCAAAUGGGCGAGCUUAAUGGGACAACUUAACAGGACAAACAGUAAAAAGUAAAAAGAUAAAAUUACAAAAUGUUUUUAAGCACAACAUAUUGAACUUUUUUUCUAA